UACAGGCUUUACGGUACCAACAUGGCCACUUCCUUGGACUUAUGCUCUCUUGUGCUUAUUUAAACGUUGUAAGACUAUGAUAGCGGACAUAUCACAACUUUAAAAUGAAUCUAUCGCGAGUCACAUCGCUGUUAAUACGGGGGCGUCGCGUUUACCGGACAGCGGGGCUUGUCUGCGGCGAGCCGAUCAGAGAUGCAGCUGUCCUCCUUAAAAACAGCUACUCUGUGUCUGCAGCCAGAGACAGAACCGCACUUCUGCACAGAAACCACGGCGAGCCCUCACAAGUCGUCCAGUUGGAGUCAUUGGUUCUGGCACAAAUGGGACCUGAGAGUGUCCUGGUGAAAAUGCUGGCGGCUCCCAUCAACCCCUCUGAUUUAAAUAUGAUUCAAGGCACAUAUGCCAUCCUGCCUGAGCUUCCAGCAGUGGGAGGCAAUGAGGGUGUGGGCCAGGUCAUGGAGGUGGGUGACAAGGUGAAGACACUCAAGGUGGGCGACUGGGUGAUUCCAAGAGAUGCCGGCAUAGGAACGUGGAGAACAGCAGCUGUUUUGAAGGCUGAUGAUCUGGUGACUUUGCCUAAAGACAUCCCUGUACUGUCUGCUGCCACUUUGGGAGUCAAUCCCUGUACUGCUUUUAGGAUGCUCACAGACUUUGAGGAGCUCAAACCAGGAGACACAGUCAUCCAGAAUGCAGCUAACAGCGGAGUCGGACAGGCUGUUAUCCAGAUUGCUGCUGCUAAGGGCAUUCAAACAAUCAAUGUCGUCAGAGACAGGCCUGACCUGCAGCAGCUCUCUGACAGACUGACAGCACUGGGAGCCACACACGUCAUCACAGAAGAGACGCUAAGACGGCCAGAAAUGAAGGAGCUUUUCAAGUCGUGUCCUCGGCCUAAACUAGCUCUGAAUGGAGUUGGAGGAAAGAGCGCCACUGAGCUGCUACGCCAUUUACAAAGUGGAGGCAGCAUGGUGACCUACGGUGGGAUGGCCAAACAACCAGUCACUGUUCCAGUGUUGGAAGAGUUUCUUCGCAUCAACCGCUGGUCUGAAGCAUGA